UGCCACUUGAAUUCGAUCCUGGAAAAAUGGAAAGCAAGGACCUUAGCUAUUGAUGUAUCGAUGGCUGACUCAACAGCAGGCAUUGAUAAUGUCACCAGGACAAACUCCUCUAGCAACACCACAUGCCAGCUAUCCUCAAACACCUUGGCGAUGUUCACAAUGGUUGCCUAUUCGUUAAUAUGUACUGUGGGAAUCAUUCUCAAUGGCCUAGCUUUCUGGGUGUACUUCUGUCACAUUCCCAGCAGCAACAGCAUCAUCAUCUACUUAAAGAACCUGGUCAUAGCCGAUUUCUUGCUGGUCCUGACAUUGCCAAUGAGAAUUGUUGGUGAGAAUCAAGUGGGCUCGGCAGCACUGAGGAAAAUCUACUGCAGUUUUACAACAUGUAUAUUCUACUUGAACCUGUAUUCGAGCAUUCUCUUCCUGGGAUAUAUUGCAGCCACACGAUACUUAAAAAUUGUAAAACCGCUCAAGAUAUAUGCGUUUCACAAAGUGAAGUCCGCAAAAGUCAUUGCCGGCCUAACAUGGGGUGUGCUUCUCAGCCUUGGAUUUUCUUACAUGCUCCUGACGCUGAAAAAGUCAUCCCAGAACAGUCCGAAAGCCACAGCAACGUGCUUGGACUCGAGAAAAGGUUCAGGAAUUUACUGGCACAUCUGUCUCCACACUGGGGGCACUGUUCUGUUCCUCUGCGUGCUCAUAGGGCUUUGCUUCUUUUACUUUCAAACAGCAAAGCGUCUCGAUAAGUCCCCAUCUCCAAGCUCACUCAAGAAGCAAGCCAAGGCGAAGAACAACAUUCUAAUCCUUCUCGCCGUCUUCUUGGUGUGUUUUGUACCUUACCACACUGCAAGACUUCCUUAUAUUUUGAGUCAGAUAAAUGUCAUCUCAGGAUGUUUUUGGCAAAAGACGCUUUACCACUUGAAAGAAUCAGCCAUCGUUCUGUCGACCCUGAAUGCCUGCUUUGAUCCAGUGAUCUACUUUCUGUUUUGCAAGGCAUUCAGGUCAAAGUUAGGCCUGGAGAAAAAGUCAAAGGACAGUGAUUCACGCAAUGAACUGUCCUUACACGCUAAGGCUUCACGAUCCUUACUCGAUGAGCCAUCCAGCAGUCAAUUCAAUGGUCCGAAAACGUCUAACGUUAAUCUUGCAAAAUUGUGUUGAACUUGCUAUAGCUCUAUAUUACUCAAAUUACUAAGAAGAAACAGAAGCAUCUUAAAAGAUGAUAGAACAAUAAGGACACUAAAUGUACAUAUCUACAGCAAAAGUACUUCAAGAGUAGUUGAACCGUUAUUGAAAUUAUGGUCUCAGCCGAUGGUACUACCAGACAGUUCAGAUCCAUGAUUGACAUCUGGCCAACUAUCACAGUUAACACAGUCGUCACUCAUUGAAACAUAGUCACAUAUGAUUGCAGCGUUUCCUUAACAAUAGAACAGACGUUUAUUACACAAAAGGUGAAAACAAGAUGUGGAAGUCACAGAGAAAAUAUCUAAAGUAUCCACCAAAACAAAAUUUCGAUCUAUUCCCCAAAAUCUUGUUACAGCUCCAGAAAAAUUAACCCUUCAUAUUGAAUCUUUAAGGCUGAUUUAGCUGAUUUGCACCAGUUCUUUCCUGUGAAAUGUGAUGUCUUCUUACAUGAACAUUUAUAAAACAGAGAUCGAAUCUGGAAGUUGGAAAUCACACGACACCAGGUUAUAGUCCAAGAGAUUUAUUUGAAAUCACAACCUUCUGGAGCGCUGCUCUUCCAUUACCUGUUGGACUAUAAGCUGGUGUCUUUUUUUUUUGACCUUCAGAAUUCAAUAUCAAAAAAAAACAGAAAUAUGUAACAGUAAUGUGCAAAUUUCAAAAAAUCUGUACAAUUAUUCAUAUUACUUCAUUUGACUUUUGGUACACCAGAGUGAAACAUUCUGAUCAGGAAAGUUUAUACUUCAAUAUGAUCAAGUGCUUGUACAUAAAAAGAUUAACAUGAUAGAGAAAUGUAACAACGUCCUCAGUAAAGAAAAAUAGGUUGGCGCGUCUUUCCGGGUACUAUUAUGAAUUUCACAUAUUGCAUUUUGUGAACGCUCAUGUGGACUUUUGGUAAUCAAAGAGUUAACUGCUAGUACACGAGUAAUUGCUAACUUUGUUCAUUAUUCUCCGGGAAGUAGCUUUUGAUUGAGUACUGCAGGUCUGUUGGUAUAACUAUCAGUAAAUAUCCACGGUCUAUUGAUGUGAUUGUGAAUGGAUUAUUGAUGGUCUGUUGGUGUAACUGUGAUGGGCUACUAACUAUUUUAAUUGGGUUAAGGAUGGUGAGAGUCUAUUGCUUUCGACAAAUUAUGGUCAAAGAAACCCUGGAUAUCAGGUUGAGAGGGCAGGGAUAAUGAGGGUAGUCUGAAAUGUUCCAAUACACAGAAUCACUGAAAAACAAACAUGGACGAAACAGGAAAGGAGUUAUACCUGAACUUGUGUUGACCUGUGCAUGAGCUACUCUGCAAAAUAAAAAAAACCUUUGUGCAACUCUGAACUAUU